GUUCCCACAAUGCACGCGCCCGUCGGCUCGAGAACUGCUGCUGUGUUUAGAGGGAAAGAAACAGCAGGCCCGAAAAAUACACACAUUAUUGAACAAAAAAUAAGUUGUCCUCUGCCAACAGUUCGGGAGAAUUUACCGCGGUAUGGCCUAGAAACGAAUUUUUCGUUUGCACCGUUGCGAGAUGUAAAAUGGAGGAAUGCGCGUUGAAUGCAACUUUUUGCGGGGAUCAAAAGUUUGUGGGAGGGAAAAAUAAAGAAGAUGUGUUUUCCGGAGGUCUGUCAAGAUAAUGAAUGUGCUUUUGUGAGACUUGAAACAGAAGUUUGAACAUGCAAAAAAACAACCUUCACUCACAAGAAAAAUCACCUGUCGGAGCUUCUUCUCAGAUGUACAGUGAUACAAUCCUAGAAAGCGACCCAUAUAUAUGAGAAAAUGUACCAUGGCAAAGACCAGCUAAACGGCCACCUGCAGACCCACGACCCCAACAAGCAGGAGCUGCGCUGCGAGGAAUGCGGGAAGCAUUACAACACUCGCCUGGGUCUGAGACGCCACGUGGCCACACACGCCACCUCUGCCUCCAGUGACCUCACCUGUAAGGUCUGCCGCCAGGUGUUUGAGAGCAUGCCGGCGUUACUGGAGCACUUGAGCACGCACACUGGUCGGCCCCCUCCGGGGACUGUGGUACGAGAAAGGAAGCAUCAAUGCGAGCGGUGCGGCCGACGCUUCUUUACCCGCAAGGAUGUAAGGCGCCAUGCUGUGGUACACACUGGCAGACGGGACUUCCUUUGUCCACGUUGUGCUCAACGCUUUGGCCGUCGGGAUCACCUCACCCGACACCUGAAGAAGAGCCACGCGCAAGAGUUGGAUGCCCUGCCAACAUUGCCCAUUAAAGAAGAGCCCAGUCCCACCAUGUGCUCUGUCGGAUCUCCAAAGGACGUCACUGAGGCAUUUCCGAUGGCAAUGUUCAACUCGCAAGGCCUUCAGAGCGCAUCUACCUCAGGGGUCAGUCACCAUCAUCACGGGAUGGUGUCUGGCCCCCUGUCCAGCCCAGUGGGUAUGGGCUGCUACCUCGAGCCAAACAAGCCUCCGCCGCAGCAGUACCAGCAGACACCCAGAUAUCAGCCCAGCUCCACUACCUCAUAUCUGAAAGCAGAGAUGGAGAACUUCCUGACUGAACUCCAGUGUGGGCCAAUGCCUCCGCAGGCAGCUGUGGCGACUGCCGUCUCCCGGCCCGGGGACCUCCUUCCUGAGAGUUUGGGAGGUCAGAGUGCGCAUUUCACCCUCAGGAACUCCGCGUUCACCUCCGCCGAGCCGCCCGCCAGCUCUGCCAACAUGGACCUUUCACAUCUGCUGGGCUUCCUGCCGUUCGGUCUGCCUCCUUACAGCACUCCUUUGGGAUACUCCACCACCUCGGCUGCCCCCGCCGUGUCCCCGAGCCCUACCUCGCAGCUCUCUGGGCCUCUUACCUCAUUUCAGCCACAGUCACUGCAUGAGCCUCAGGCUGCAGGGCACUUAAACCAGCUCUCUGGUUUCUCUCCCACUCUACCUCGAUUCCAUCAGGCCUUCCAGCAAUGAUCCACUACCAACAACCUGUCCGAAACAAAAGCCCCGUUGCAUCAUUGCCAAGUAGCAUAUAGGUAAUGAACUGGAGACGGUAAAGUGAAGUGGAUGCGAGGUCUUCAAAUGUAGAAAUAGACAAGAUGAUCGCUAGAAUAGAUGGAGGUUUGCUUUUAGAGUAGUUUUAACUUUGUGGAUUUUCCUAGAGGGUCUUCCGAGUAACUGUUUUGUAGUGAUAAAAGAAACAUAUACUGAAAGGUUAGAAAAGAAAUACCUCAAUAUUUUUUGUCAAGAAGGAAAAUAAUGCUGUUUCAGUGUUCUCUCCGUUGUAUAAUGAAGCACUUUUUUUAUUUUUUUAUCAACGGCACUUCAAUGACUGAAGGUGUGGUCACAUUUAUCGUCACUUAUGAAAUUUCAGCUGUUUGAUAAUAUUGUCUGAGAUAGGCCAUGCAAAUGUUGCAAAGCAUUUGCUGAGGGUAGAGGCGACAUGGUGGCUCAGUGGUUAGUACUUUCACCUCACAGCAAAGAGGUCUCUGGUUUGAACCCUGGAUGGGUCAAUUGGCAUUUCUGUGUGGAGUUUGCAUGAUCUCCCCGUGUUCGAGUGGGUUUCCUCCAAGUGCUUCAGUUUCCCCUACGUCUGAAGACAUGCGGUAUGUGGUCCACCCUGAAGAUAACUUGUCUAAUAGAAUAAAAAAAAAUGCAGAAAAUAAAUUACAAAUACUUCCUUUCCUCCUUAAACCAAGAAACAGGAGAAAAAUCACUUGAAAAUAAAUGGCACUCAGCCCCUACAGUGUUCAGUUUACUGCUUCAUAGUACAAAAUUGGUGUUACCACAGUCACUACAAAGAGGUGAGAGAAGAAAGAUGGAGGGUACCUUAAAUAAAGUUGUCCUUCUCCCACUGCUCAAGAUCUAAAUCCGUCAGUCUCCGUUUUAAAAGAUGCUGUGUUCUCCAAGCACCAACCACAGUGCAUGCCUGUGGCACGUUCAGUCAAGUAGGGCGACUUGGAAAGAGGACAGGAGAGAGAGAAACACAGCAGCACAGAAAAGACAACCCACCAAUAUGCUCAGGCAUAACAAGAUAAAUUGGAUGAACAAAAUUGGUCCGUGUAUUAAUGUUAGAGUUUACGGAUGUUACCCAGUGACCGGAAGGGCAUCUGCUGUGUAAAUAGCUGGAAUGUGCAUAUGCUGGAAUAGUUAUCAAGUUCCCGCUAUGGCGAACCUUAAAUGACUAAGCUGAAGGAAAAUGAAUGAAUUUGACAAGGGUGCUUUUAUACAUGACUCCGUUCAUGCAAAGCCAAGCCUGCAUCCAAAUACUAUUGAACUGAUCACCACUUCAGUGUCUACAUUUGUGUUAAGUGCAGUUUUUAGGAAGUCACGGAAAUGUGCAGAAACCCCAAACUUCAAGAGCAUUUCUGUUAUAGAUAUUGAAACUAGAAGAGAGGCUGUUUUUUCACUCCGCUUACCUACAAAUCCUGAUGGUAGUAGCGAUUCAACUUGCAACCAGAAACAAGCUAGACCAACUCGUAUGUUAUCAAUAGCAACUGACUUACUUGAUAUAGUGUGAUUGUGUUCAUAUUGAGGUUACCCCGAAUCCCUGAACCUGUAUGCCAGACGACAGAAAACUUUGAAAGUGACUUUUGCAUAAGCUGGUCUUCACUUUUCAACACUUAACUGUUUUUAGCCCAAAAACCUGCCGAAAAAUGUGUCCACACCACACCCAGUCAAGUUGAACUGUGGUCUUAGAUGUUCCUCUCAGCUCACGGUCACACAACACAAAAAACCUACCUCUUUAAGCUGAAUCUUGUCAUGAAAAGGAUUCAGUGGUUUGACAAGAAAUGAAGCAAAUCCUCAUGCGAAUAGCAUGAAGAACAUGAUCUCAUUUUUGAUGUUUUUCUUUCUUUAUAGGUUGCUCUACAGGUUUAGUUAGGGUUAGUUCUACAGAAAAUUUGUAGAAUCAGGAGAUUAAUUAGCAUUUAAUUCAUUAGCUUGUGUUGAUUUUAGCCUUUAGGUAAAAUUUGUAGGUGCUUUGGUUGUUCACAUCCUUAAUGCUAAUGAAAGGACUCGCUCGUCUCCUGUAAAUCCCCCAUCUCUCUCCGUUCAUUCCAGAGUAUUUUGUAAGUGAGAAGAGAAAGUAUUAAUUAUUCUGGAAUUGAAAAAUCAUAAUGAUUAGUGAAUAUUUGUAUAAAAUUACAUAACCCAUCCUGACAAAUUCCCAUUAUGGGAACUAAGUAAAAUAUAACAACUUUUUUGUUUUGUUUAAUGAUAAAGAUCAUAUGUGUGCCCUGAAUAUCUCUAUAGAAAGUAUAGUGGACAAAUAAUUUUACUUGCAAAAAUUUCACACUAUGAAAUUUGCUCAUUGUUUUGGAGUUUCAGGCUAAAUAAGCUUAGCACAAGCCCUGCUAUUGCUGAAGCACUUCAUGUACUUCUCCAAGCAAAACCCAGGAGCACUGUCAGAAAAAAAAAGUGUUAUAUCAUGUAAAUUUGAAUGGCAUUUUAGCACUGCCUCACUAUUGUUUUGACUCAGUGUUACAUUCAUCAGUGACCUAAAAGGUGACUGACGGUGUAUGUUGUCAAGUCCGUUUUGUUUAAGCCAAACGAAGGACUGAAUUCACUUGAUGAGUUUAUUCUGUUAAUCACAUUUUGUUCAUGAGCAUUUCCCUCUUUGGCCGAACUCAAAUGAAGCUGGCAACUCAACUCAACUGUGAUGUAUUGGACUCAGACUGAUCUACCUCAGUGAGAUGCACUCUGUGCACAGCUGUACUGUACCUUUAGUGAGAAAUGUAAAGUUUCAGAGGCUGUUUAGCGCGAGUAAACAGGUGCUUUACAUCUUUAAAAUUUCCAAGCAUUGGCAUUUUUUGUUCCGAGGACUGUUUGUUUUCAUUCUGAAAGCAGAAGUGGGUGAGUGCGAGAUGGCGUAUGCAGAAAGAAACAAUGUUGAGGAUGAAUUAAGAAAUAAAGUAUCUUGUAGAUUUUGA